GCAUACCUUUUACUAUUCUCUUUCACUUGUCUUCGACAUGUUGUGGUUGUUAACAAACUUUACUAAAACUUUUUUGGCCAGAUCAUACGGAUUUCUCAAAUGAGUAUCUCAAAAUCGUCGACUGAUAAUUGUACUAGCAAAAUUGGUUCCGAUAAUAUUAUUAUGGUUAAUCUACGUAGUAUGGGAAAUCCCCAUUCCGAAUUUAAAAAUAAGGAAUCCUUCAAGGACGCGUACAAGGACUUAUCACGCAGAUAUAUAAAAGGAGGACGAGAUGACAAUUCGAAUAUUAGGAAACCUCCACGUUUGCCCAUGAUUAAUAACAACGAUGUCGAGGCUCUGGAAAAACAGGACACGCAAAAGAAAAAUCAGUAUAUAGCUGCCACCUGUGCUGCUCUUGGAGCCAUAUGUGCUGGAACGACACUGGCCUGGUCUUCCCCGGCACUUCCCCAGCUAGUGGUUCCCGCGGGAACGAAUACGAGUCGACCAGGAGUCUCUUUCCAACUCACCGAAGCCGAAGGAUCGCUUGUCGGUUCCAUGCUAGCAAUAGGAGCAUUGUUCUCCGCCAUUCCAGCGGGAUUCAUCGCCGACAAAUUCGGACGAAAACAGACAAACUUAAUGCUUGUCGUGCCUUACACGGUGUGCUGGCUUCUCACAGUAUUCGCCACGAACGCUUACAUGCUGUACGCGGCAAGGUUUUUUGCAGGACUGGCUACCGGAGCCAUCUGCGUUACAGCGCCCAUGUACAUCGGAGAAAUAGCUGAACCGUCGAUCCGUGGAACGCUGGGAACUUUCUUUCAGCUUUUUAUGUGCCUGGGCAUUCUGGCUACGUAUGUGAUCGGUGCAUUUAUUAAUUGGGUUGGGUUGUCGGCUAUUCUGGCCAUGGCUCCGAUCAUAUUCGCUUCGAGUCUGUGGUUCAUGCCGGAAACUCCUAUAUUUUUGGUAAAAAUAAGAGACCUAAAAGGGGCUGAGGAGAGCUUGAAAUACCUGCGAGGCGCAUACGCAAAUGUGCGAUCCGAACUGAAAGUAAUCGACGAAGAGGUUUCGUUAGCGCAAAGCAAGAAGGUGGGAUUCAAGGAUUUGUUUGGCACCAGGGCGAAUAGAAUAGCACUUGUCACAGGUCUUGGACUCCAAGCGCUUCAGCAAUUGAGUGGAAUCAAUGCGGUAAUUUUUUACACCGUGCCCAUAUUUAAGUCUGCUGGUAGCACCCUUCCGCCCAAUUUGGCUGCAGUGGUUGUUUCAAUAGUACAAACGAUAACCUGCUACUUCGCUGCUAUGGUAAUAGAUAAAGCAAAUAGACGAUUUUUCCUCACAGUUUCGUCAGUUGGAAUGACGAUCUGUUUGACCGCAUUGGGGUGCUACUAUCAUCUCAUUCUACUCGAUAUUCACGUUUACGGUUUGGGGAUUCUGCCACUAGGAAGUCUAGUCCUUUUCAUCAUGGCAUACUCCAUAGGAUUUGGUCCAGUACCUUGGAUGAUUAUGAGCGAAAUUUUCGCCCCAGAAAUCCGGGGUUUUGGAAGCGGUUUGGCAGUCACCACGAACUGGAUCAACGCGUUCAUCGUGACCUUUAGCUUUCCCAUAAUGAACGCGAUUUUAGGGGGUCAUAUAACAUUCUAUAUAUUUUCGAUAAUUAUGGGACUUGCUACAAUUUUUGUUUACGCAGUUGUACCUGAGACCAGAGGAAAAAGCGUAACGGAAAUACAAAAUAUGUUAAAUAAGUCGUAAAUUCUCGAAAAUUUGCCUGUAUCAGGACCUGAUUUAUUCACAAUGGUUUUUACUAUUGUGUUUGAAACGAAAUUUUAAUCUGAAAACUCUCGAACUAUUUACAUUAUAAUAUUUAUUUUAUAACAACAAUUAUUGAUGCAAAAAUUUUGAAUACUACAAGGAAUUUUAAUAAUCAUCAACAUGCUAAAACCUUAAUCUUCAUCAUGAAUGUUGAACCAAAGUACAAUCACGUCAUAAAUCACCAUAUUCUUGAAAUGUUUUGCUUAUCACUUUGAAAUGUAUUCAAUUUUUAGUCAACAACCUCAACGAAAUUUUCACCCUUAUUGUGAAAAAUAGAUAAGGUUGGGCUAGGUUAGGUUGUAUUACUUCGAGAUGUAUUCAAUAUUUAGCUAAUAACCUCAAGAAAAUUAUCACCCUAUCAAAAUUAAUUCGCUUUUUCACAAAUUGUAAAAAAUAGGUUACAUCUUCCUGUAUUUCAAAUUUGUUUCCAAUUUUUUUUAAUGAUUAUUCGAUAACAUUUAGUUAUCCAAAAAAAAAAUCCAAUUAUUUGCAACUUCUAAUAAUAACUCUAAGACACAAAAAGUCUGGUAGGUAUUAAAUAAUAAAAAGUCCUUAUUUUUAAUCUAGUGCCAUAUGUAUGUGUAUGAUUUAAAUUAAUUAAUUUUAGCUCAAAAACCCCCUAUUUUUUGUGCAUUUUAUAAUACUAUUUUCCAAUGUUCAUCUGUAUAAGGGCGUAUUAGUUCUAAAAAUAUGCUUUAUUAUUUUUAAAUUAUUUUUUUUAAACUUGAAUGAAAGUGGCUGUAAAAAAACCGAAG